GUAGUGUCGAUAAAUGAAAAAGCUGUCAAGUUAUUUUUAAAGCGGCGCGAAUUAAAGCAAAGUCCUAUCCUAGAUCAUCUAUUAUCUAACUCGAGGGGGUUUCCUGGAAAACUCGCUUCUUCGUUUUCGCUCUCUAUAUAGUAUAUUAGAAUAUAUAUAUCAUUAAAUAUGAAGAUUUCCGACAAGUUGAAGCAUGCUCAUGACCAACAUCGAUUAAGCUACUCGUUUGAAUAUUUCCCUCCAAAGACAGAAGCUGGUCUUGCCAACUUGUUCGACCGUAUGGGACGCAUGGCGCGAUGCGAACCUGACUUUAUUUCAUGUACUUGGGGCGCUGGUGGUUCCACGCAAGGACGCACACUUGAAGUUUGCUCUACGGCACAAAGCGUGUAUGGUCUCGAAACGCUCAUGCACUUGACAUGUACCAACAUGGGCAAAGACAAGAUAGAUCGCGCACUCAAGGACGCAAAAGACGCCGGUAUGCAAAACAUUCUUGCACUCCGAGGCGACGCUCCACGCGAUCAAGAGUACUGGACACCGGUUGACCCAGGAUUCACGCACGCAUCUGACUUGGUAUCGUAUAUCCGACAGCAAUACGGCGAUUACUUUUGCAUUGGCGUUGCCGGCUACCCAGAAGGCCACAUGGAUACCCCAGACAAGGCGCAGGAUCUGCAGUACCUGAAGGCCAAGGUGGACUGUGGUGCUGAUUUCAUCAUGACUCAGUUAUUUUACAAUGUCGAUACGUUCAAGGAAUGGGUAAAAUCAUGUCGUGCCAUUGGCAUCCACGUACCGAUUGUGCCGAGCAUCAUGCCUAUUCCUACCUAUCAAAGUUUCCGUCGCAUCAUCAAUCUGUGCAGUGUACAGGUGCCAAAGCCUAUUUUAGACGCGUUAGAUGCCAUCAAGGCUGACGAUCAGAAGGUCAAGGACUAUGGCGUUGAUUUGGCAGUGGAUAUGAUUCGACAGAUUCGGGACGGUGGUUGUGGCAUCAGUGGCAUCCACAUCUCAACGUUGAACUUGGAACGUUCGGCAAAAUUAAUUUUGGAAAAGUUGGGUGUUGCACCAAAGCAGGCACCACCAGCAGCAGCAGCACCUGUCACAGAUUCGAACAAGGGCUUUGCACCUUGGUCGGCCAUCCGUGAUCCAGCACAUAUGGAGAACUGGGACGAGUUUCCUAACGGACGUUAUGGUGAUGCUCGUUCUCCAGCAUUUGGUGAAAACACGUAUGGUGCAAGCCUGCCACUGCCAACUUCAAAAGCAGCAGCCAAGUGGGGCCAUCCUACGACACCAGACGACAUUACACGGCUGUUUGAAAAGUACAUUCUUGGCCAGCUGAACAGCCUGCCGUGGUGUGAGGAACCGUUGCAGACCGAGACGGAGACGAUCCAACAGCAACUGAUCCAGAUCAACCGCAACAGGUACUGGACCGUUGGCUCGCAGCCUGCAGUCAAUGGUGCACCGAGUGGAGAUGCAGUGUAUGGCUGGGGCCCAGCCAACGGCUAUGUAUACCAAAAGGCAUUCCUAGAAUGCUUUGUUUCCGACAAACAGCUGCCGGCAUUGCUGGAUCGACUCAAGGCGGACCCGUUUGUCACGUUCUAUGCAGCGAACCGGAAAGGCGACUUUGUGACCAACGUGGAGAAUGCAGAGGCACAGAACGCGGUUACGUGGGGCGUGUUUCCUGGAAAAGAAAUUGUACAGCCGACGAUUAUCGAGCGAGUAAGCUUUGAAUCAUGGAAGAGGCCUAUGGACUAUGGACAGAUUGGGAGCAGCAGUAUGCACCGGAUAGCAAGACCGCACAGCUGUUAAAAGAGAUCGGAGACCGGUACUGGCUGGUGAAUGUAGUUCAUAAUAAUUUCCAGGAGGCCAACUGUUUAUUUGAAGCGAUGCUUCCAUAGGAAAGAAGACAAUACAGCAAAGAAAGUAAUAGAAGAAAGGAAAAGAAAGAGAAGAGAAGCUGCUGGCUAUGCAAUGUUUGUUGUUGUUGUUCGCGAUGUUGUUGUAGUUGUUGUUGUUGUUGCGGUUGUUGUUGAUGAUGUUAUGAGAUAGAGGACGACGAUCGGCACAUAAGCCUCUUUAGUCGCUC